UUGAAAACAAGUCAGUUUUUUACGUUAUGAAAUUCGAAUUAUUAUGUUCAUUUCUAUUGCUAUUGUGUUCUGUAAAACUUAGUGAAACAGCUAAAAUUUUAGCUAUAUUUCCCUUUCCUGGUCCAUCACAGUAUUUGGUAGUGCAACCGUAUUUGAAAACAUUGGCCUCACGGGGUCAUGAGGUUACCGUAAUCAAUGCCUUUCCUCAAAAGACACCCAUACCGAAUUACAGAGAUAUUAAUGUACCAGAAGUUUUGCAAUAUGUGGGAGACGUUUUCAGUUUUGUUAAUGAUAUACACAGCACUUUCUCCGAAAUUAUGGGCUUCUCCUGGUACUACUCGACCAUUGCCAAAGAUGUCUUAAAUAAUGAAAAUGUUCAGAAACUUCUAACAUCACCAGAGGAACAAUUCGAUUUGCUUAUUAUAGAAACUCUGCAAAUGGAUGUGCUAUUUGGUAUAGCUGAACACUUUAAAACGUCUAUUAUUGGUGUCUCUUCCUAUGGUACCGAUCCCUAUAUAGAUAGCUUGGUCAACAAUAUAUCACCCAUGGCUUAUACACCCCUACUAACGGGCAGCUUUACGGAACGUAUGAAUUUUAAAGAACGUUUAAUAAAUAUGUGGCAUCACAUUUUAAUGCUGUGGCAUCGUGAAUUUAUACACAAACCUUUACAUGAUGAAUUAUAUAAAGAAUAUUUUCCUAAGGCCCAAAGAUCUUUAGAAGAAUUAAGACAAAAUAUUUCUUUGAUCUUGUUAAAUCAACAUUUUAGUUUAAGUUUUCCUCGUUCAUAUGUCACCAAUAUGAUAGAGGUUGGUGGUUUUCAUAUACAACAUAAAGCCCAAAAUCUUAGCCAAGAUAUUGAAGAUUUCAUUAACUCUUCUGAACAAGAUGUUAUAUAUUUCUCUAUGGGUUCCAAUAUAAAAAGUGAACAUUUUCCCGCUCCAAUACGUCAAAUACUUUUAGAAACAUUUGCCUCUUUACCCUAUAAAAUUCUAUGGAAAUUUGAAAAUCCUGCUCUAAUGCAAAAUCGUCCUACAAAUGUUUUUAUCAACAAAUGGUUCCCGCAAGCAGAUAUUUUGGCUUAUCCUCGUCUUAAAUUAUUCAUAACACAUGGUGGUCUUUUGAGUUUAAUUGAAUCCAUUUAUCAUGGUAAACCUGUUUUAGGCAUACCCGUUUUCUAUGAUCAAUUUGUUAAUAUGCGACGAGCCCAACAGGAUGGUUUUGGUCUUUCUAUUAGUUAUAAAGAACUUAAUCAUACCAUUUUGAGAUAUAAUAUAAAAGAACUCAUGGAAAAUCCUCAAUAUACAGAGAAAGCGAUAAUAAUGUCUCAACGUUAUCGUGAUCAGCCUAUAGAUCCUUUGGAUAAGGCCAUUUAUUGGACUGAAUAUGUUUUGAGACAUCGAGGUGCUGGAUUUCUACGUUCACCCGCUCAGUAUUUGAAUUAUUGGCAAAGAAAUAGUUGGGAUUGUAUUGCUGUAUAUUUGGUAGCACUAUUGGCUGCUGUGUCUUUCUUUGUGUUAAUUUUUGUUGCAUUAAUUAAGUGUUGUUGUAGUUUGAAAAAUAAAGCUGCGAAUAAAAUGAAAGUUAAUUAA